AUGAAAAAAUUGGUACCACUCAUUGAAGAGUGCAAUGCCAUUUUGCAGAGAAAACUGCCUCAAAAGUUGAAAGAUCCAGGGUUAUUUAGCAUACGCUGCUCUAUUGGAAAUUGCACAAUAGGAAAAGCUCUUUGUGACUUGGGAGCCAGCAUAAAUUUAAUGCCUUUAGCCAUUAUGAAGAAGCUGGGAAUUGAGGAGGUGAAGCCAACCGGGAUUACAUUACAAUUGGCUGAUAGAUCAUAUAUGUAUCCCUAUGGAGUAGUGGAAGACCUCUUAGUCAAGGUGGACAAGUUUAUAUUCCUUGCAGAUUUUGUUAUACUUUAUAUGGAGGUAGAUGUGGAUAUCCCUCUCAUAUUAGGAAGGCCAUUCUUAGCCACAGGGAGAGCCUUAAUAGAUGUGCAAAAAGGUGAAUUAAUGCUAAGAGUACAAGAGGAGAAAGUCAUUUUUAAUGUAUUUAAGGCCAUCAAACAUCCAAGUGAUGAUAUGAGCUGCAUGAAGAUUGAUGUAAUAGAUGUUGUGAUACCACAUUCAUUCAAGAAAAAUGAUGAAAGUGUGGUCUUGGAAAGCACAUUAGCUGCAGCAAAAUGUAGUAUUCAUGAAGAGCAAGAUGCGGAAGUGAAAGACUGCAUUCUACAAUUAGAUUCCCUUCCCUGUAUGAACAAGGAAAUAAACCAACUCAAGGAAGAACUACAUCAUGAAGAAGAGAAGAAAGAUGAGCCAAAAGUGGAGCUUAAGCAAUUACCUUCUCAUUUGAGGUAUGUGUUUCUUGAAGAGGGCCACAACAAACCUGUAAUAAUAAACAGGAAUCUGCAGAAAGAUCAAGAAGAAAAGCUCUUAAGAGUGUUAAGAGAGCACAAAUCUGCACUAGGAUGGCAGAUUUUAGAUUUGAAAGGUAUAGAUCCUUCUUUUUGCAUGCACAUAAUUUUAUUUGAAGAAAAUUGCAAGCCUGUUGUCCAACCCCUAAGAAGACUUAAUCCAACUAUGAAGGAGGUAGUGAGGUAA